AUUAUAUCCAUUUGAACCCAAGCCCAAAGUCCGAAAUUUAUUCGAUUGAGCUCAAAUAACAAAGGGAGAAAAAUAAAGAAACCCUAAUUACCCCAAAUUGACAUCAAUUCAAUCGAAGGUGAAAAUAAUAUCAUGAAAGGAACAAAACGAUUAGGUGCAUUUGACUCGAACCCCGAGAGCAACGAUUCUUUUAAUCUUCGCAGAAACAAUCGAAGGAGGCACCAUCACUUGACAUGAGGAGAGCUGAGCUAUCUAGACAGCAUGUCAGAGCUCUCAAUACUCAGUUUGCGAGCUGGGUCCAAACACAGUUACAAAAUCACCCGGAUGAGCUUUGGGAAGAUGGAAUCCAAGACUAUAUUAAUCAUGCCUCAAGCAUAAUGGUAAAGUUUAGUGAUGUUGUUGACUGGCUUAAGGCGAAGUCUGCACCGGACACCCAAACUGCUCCAAAUAAGCUUCUUAAAGACAACAAUAAGAAUUCGUUCUUUGGGAUUCCUCCGGCUAGUACAACUGCAAGCUUUGCUAUGUCAUGGAGCACUCCCAGUCAAAAAAAUAUCGUUUCAGAGAGUAAGGAUAAUAACGAGAUAAAGAAAAUUCCAGAGAAACCUGGAUUUGCUUCUUCUGGGGCUAGUGCAGGCUUCCCUGUGUCCUGGGGAAAUCCGGUUCAGAACAAACUCUUUCCUGAAAUUAAGGAUACAACCCAGAGGGAAUCAUCAGAAAACACUGGGAGUAGCCCUGCUGCUGUCAGUUCAGCCUUUGGGAUAACAUGGGGGGCUCCUGUUUCAAAUAAGCCUGCUUCCGAAGAUAUUAACGGUAAUGGGGUGAAACCGUUCCUCGAGAAACCAGGAAUCAUUGCAUCCAGUGGUACAACUCCAAGUUUUGGAACUUCAUGGAGCUCUGCACCUAUCUUUGGUAGUCAGACUUCAUUUUCAUUUGGAAAUCAAAACCCAGCUCCUGUCAACCAUAAUAUUUCGAAUGACACUGAGGGCGGCGAUGAUGAAGUUGAGCAGCCAAGCAGCCCAUCGGUGAAAAAAAGCGAAGAGAAGGGUGUUACUGUGGUACAUGAAAUGAAAUGCAAGCUUUAUGUGAAGUCAACUGAUCCAGCAGAUAAAGAUGCAUGGAAAGAUAAAGGCGCUGGCCAAUUAUCUAUAAAGUGCAAAGAAGGUUUUAGCAAGGGAUCCAAAGAAUCCAAACCAACAAUUGUUGUCCGAAAUGAUGUAGGGAAGAUAUCACUUAAUGCAUUGCUGUACCCAGGAAUCAAGACAAAUAUGCAGAAAAAUUCAAUAGUAGCAAUUUUUCAUACUUCGGAGGAUGAAAAUAAUGUCAAUGUGGUAGCAAGGACAUUUCUGAUAAGAGCAAAGACAGAAGAUGAUCGAAAUAAGUUAGCAUCGGUGAUCCAAGAAUAUGCACCAACAGCAUAAAGACGAUACCAACUCUGUUGUAUUUUGCAAUCUUACUUCUUACGAUUGUACUGCUUCAACACUUUGCAGUUUGCCCUGACCCCUGGUGCAGUUUUCUUAGAAAUUCAGUUUUAUAUGAGCACAUUAUAUUUUGAAGGGGUCUAACGUUGGGGAUGUAUGUAUUCAUAUGUCGAGAUGACUAAUACAUCAUAUUCAAGAACUGGCAGUUAAAUCACAGAGAGGAAAGAAAGUAAUUUCCCGGGGUCUGAAAUGUGUCAUAUGUAUUGCAGAUUUUUUUGAUGGAUAUGAUGUAUUCCGUUCCGAUAUUUACAUAUAGUCAGUGAAUUUUAAUAGAUUAAGUGAAUUAUAUUCUCGUUCGGAGUUGCA